AUGGCUUGUGCGGGGACACUGCACCUGGGCGCCCCAUGCGCGGUGGGCAGGCUGUCGCGGCGGCACCAGGCAGCUGGCCCUCAGCGGCAUGUCGUCGUGGCCGCCGCGCAAAGGUCAUCGGUGACGGGGCGGGCGGCGUCGGUGGAGGUGGAGGCGCCAUCUCGCCCAGCGGAGCGUGCCGAACGGGCCAAGGAGGCGCAGACGUUCGACCACAAGGCCCCGGGCGACCCGUGGCAGGACGAGCCGUGGGCGACGAUGAAGUGGACGGUGUACCGCGGCGUGGCGUACGACCUGACGGACUACCUGGCCAACUCCAAGCACCCCGGGGGGUCCUGGCUGCUGCGCCUCGCCAUCGGCCGCGACUGCACCGCCCUGUUCGAGUCCUACCACCUCCGGCCGGACGUCGCCGCCGCGCACCUCGCGCGCCUCCCGAAGAUCGAGGACUUCCCCAUCCACACCGUGCCCGUCGCGCCCUACCCGAACGACUCGGACCUGUACAACUCCAUCCGCGAGCGCGUCCGCAACGAGCUCUUCGACGGCGCCGCGGACGGCCGGCACCGCACGGGCUCGGAGGGCGCGGCGGCGGUCAUCCUGGGCUACGCGGCGGUGGCGUACGCGGCGUACGCGGCGGCGCCCAACGUGCUGACGGGCGGGCUGCUGGGCCUGGCCGGCGCGUGGAUCGGGCUGACGAUCCAGCACUGCGGGAACCACGGCGCGAUGUCCAAGUCGCCGCUGGUGAACAACCUGAUGGGUCUGACGGACGACCUGAUUGGCGGGUCGUCCCUGAUGUGGCGGUACCACCACCAGGUGUCGCACCACAUCCACUGCAACGACGACGCGCUGGACGAGGACGUGUUCUCCGCCCUCCCGUUCCUCCGCUUCGACCCGCGCCUCCCGCGCGAGUGGUUCCACAAGUACCAGCACAUCUACAUGUGGGCCACCUUCCCCUUCCUCCAGCUCGUCUUCCAGAUCGGCGACUGGCAGGCGCUCUUCACCAACCGCACCAAGGGCGCCACGCUCUACGGCGUCUCCGCGCUCGAGCGGGCCACGGUCGUCGCGGGCAAGCUGGCGCACUACGGGCUCAUCUUCGGGCUGCCGUGGGUGAUGCACGGCCCGAUGCAGACGCUCGUGGCCUCCGCGUGCUACACGGCCGUGCAGGGCAUCGUGCUGGCCGCCACGUUCGCGGUGUCCCACAACCUCGAGGAGAACAAGCCCGUGCAGGGCGGGUCCGCGUCCACGGAGAACCUGUACCAGCCCGUGGACUCGCGCGACUGGGCCGAGCAGCAGGUGCUCACGUCCUCCAACUGGGGCGGCGUCGUCGGCAACUUCUUCACCGGCGGCCUCAACCUCCAGAUCGAGCACCACCUGUUCCCAGCCAUCUCCUUCAUGCACUACCCGGCCAUCGCGAAGAUCGUCCGCGAGGAGUGCGAGGCGCGCGGUAUCAACUACGUGCACUACGACACGCUGCCGGAGAUCAUCGGGCGGUUCUCCAACUACAUGCGCGACGUCGGCUCCUACGACAUGCCCGCCACCUUCGCCUCGCUCACCCCGGGCGAAGUCGAGAGCCGCCGGGCAGCUCUCGCGCGCCUGUAG